GCAAGCAUGGCGUUCACUAGGUUUCACCCAGCUAUGUUACAACUGGCUUUACUCUUGUUGGUGGUUGGGAAGAUAAAAGGGGGCUCUAUCCCUGUAGAAGAUGCAAAACCAGCCUUUCUUAACCAUGGAAAGACCUUCGAACUGAAGAGUGGUGUUAUCGCAGAUUUGUUCAUGUGGCGGUGGACAGAUGUGGCUGAUGAAUGUGAGCAGUUUUUGUCCAAAAAAGGAUUUGAUGGUGUCCAAAUAUCCCCUCCUGCAGAGCACGUUGAUUCAGAUAACAUCUGGAGUAGGUACCAAGUAGUGUCGUAUCAGCUGGUCAGCCAUUUAGGCAGCGAGAACCAGCUGAGGAAUAUGGUCAAAAGGUGCAACAAUGUGGGCGUCAGGGUGUUUGUCGAUGUUGUUCUCAACCAUAUGACAGAGGUUACGAAAAAUCGCGUUGGCGUUGGAGGUUCAUCUUUUUACCCUGAAGACAUGUAUUACCCAAGUGUACCAUACACGAAAGAAGACUUCUAUCCACCGUGUGAAAUAAAAGACCCCUCCAAUAGAAAACAGAUAAGAGAGUGUCCAGGAACUGGACUGAAUAACUUGAACCAGUCCCUUGAAUCAGUAAGGGAGAAGAUAGUGCAUUAUUUAAACCACUUGAUUGAAAUCGGAGUAGCUGGUUUUAGAUUAAACUUUGCCAAUGAAAUGUAUCCUGAAGAUUUGUCAGUGAUUUACGAAAGAUUGAAUUAUCUUAACACAGCACGAGGAUUUCCUGCAGAAACUAGACCUUUGAUAUACCAGGAUGUCUUUGUUUUAGAUAAUGCCGGGCCCAUAAAGUAUGAGGAGUACAGCCCCCUAGGGUUAGUCCUAGACUUUAAGUUUGGCCUUCAGUUGGGGACGUUUUUCCUAGGCAAAAAGGAUCUAAAAGAUCUUCAAGACUUUGAUUCAGAGGCGAGUAUUUUACCAAAAAAUCUACGCGUUGUGUUUGUUGAUAAUAAUAUCACGGAACGUAUGACAGACAAAACCUUUCUGAGCUACAAGAAUCCAAAGGCGUACAAGAUGGCAGUGGUGUUCAUGUUAGCACGUGGUGAUUACACUUGCAAGAUAUUUUCGAGUUUCCAGUUUUUAAGUAUAGAUGAAGGCCCUCCUGCUCUGCCACCUCAUCCUAUCAAAAAAAACAUCUGUUCCAAUAAAUGGGAGUGUCAACAUCGAUGGCGUCAGAUAUACAACGCGGUGGAAUUCCACAACGUUGUCAAAGGUACACCAGUGACGAGUUGGUGGAGCAAUGGGAAAAAUCAAAUUGCUUUUUGUCGUGGGGACAAAGGAUUUGUAGCUUUCAACUUGGACUCCGUCGAAUUAAACGUUAAUCUCCAGACAUGCUUGCCUGAGGGAGAAUAUUGUGAUAUAAUAUCUGGAGAAGUUACAACUACAGGGUGUUCUGGCAAAGUAAUAACUGUUAAUAAAGACGGAAUAGCAAACGUAGUUGUACCAAAGUUCGACCCUGGACGUCCUGAUGAGGAUGGCGUUGUGGCAAUCCACAUUCAAUCUGGAACUGUGUAUGGACUUGGGAAUUGGAGAAAAUCUGAGAUGUAAUUUCUACAAAUGAAAUUGUAUGAAACA